AUGGCAGAGAACGUAUGCGCGUGGAUGCGCGAGGGCGUCGAUACGUGCAGAGACCGAGUACCAGAGCGCUGCGUGUGUGCGCCGUUCAAUGCAGUCGGUGGUUGCGCGUGCUGCGUGUGUGUGCGGAUCGAGUUUAUUGAACUGUGUGGUGGAGAGGUACGGGUGAGAGGAAGGGAGAAAAGGGCGGGUCGUUCUGCUGGGAUGCCAUCAUCACAUUGCGACGCUGCAUGGCGCACAGGGUGGGAGGAGUGGUGCAGAGGGGCACAGUACGGUGGAGAGGUCGAGGUGCUGUGGGCGCGUCUGUUGCUGCAGGCAGAGGGGGAGGCAGCCAGCUAUUUCUGCAUGUGCUCCCUUUCUCUCCCCUGUUCGCGACUUUUGAGGCGCCUCAAAAGUGUUUUUCUCCCCUCCUCUCGCGUGCAGGAUGAGGUGCUGCGAGCGCGGCUGCUGCAGGCAGAGCAGGCGACUACCAACGAUUGCUGCCUGUGCGUCCCAUGCUCGCUCCCCAGUCCACCCUUUCCAUUGACUCUCGCAACGCUCCUCUCUCCUCCUCGCCCCUCCUCUCGCGUGCAGGAUGAGGUACUGCGGGCGCGUGUGCUGCAGGCAGAGGGGGAAGCGGCUGCCGGCCGGUCAGCAGAGGGCAACGAGGAGCGAGUGGGGGCGAUGAAAGGACAGGCGGAACAGAUGGAGAGGUAG